AUGGAGAACAACGAGGAGUCCGAACAUUAUGAGGACUCUGAGGACUCUGAGGACAGUGACCUCUCGAACGGCCAGCCCGAAGAGACCUACAUCUACUUAGAUGACCUACCAAUUCUGGCAACCUGUUACCUGUAUGUCAUUAUAGUACCUGGAGAUGGCGAACUCAAGCACUGGAUUCUUUACAUCGACGCCCCAACCUGGACCGAAAAGCCUAUGGUCCACCUCGUCGGAUCUCCAACGUAUUACCGAGUCGAAGCACGAUUCUUGACAAGAAAUGAUGAAAGAAGGAUCAUCAAACGAGUUAAUCUGUGUGAUAUUCCGAAUGCACAGAAUGUGUACGAUGAUAUCAUCGAUGCUGGAGAAUGGGCAGAGAUCGAUAAUCAGGAUCCGAGCUAUAACUCUCAGAUCUACAUUCUCGAGCUUUUGGAUGACUUGGAACACCGAGGCAUUGUCAGCAUGAAUGAUCCAUGGUAUAGAGAGGGCAAGAGAGAAUUGGAGGGAAUGCGGCAGAUACAGAUUGAUUGGAUAUGA